AUGAAGGAAUCUUGUGAAUUGGAGCUACGAGUGAAGAACGGGGGUAUUAGCUUGCAUAACUCUCGUCGGAUUCGCGAAAAUGACGUAAUCUGCCCUUACGAGAGGAAUCUACGUGUGGUGGAUCCAGUGAAGCUGAAGCAAAGAAUUAGCGUAAUCGAAGUGUGCCAGGCCGCGCGAGCUAUCGGAAACUUGGGACGUUUCAUUAGCCACGGCUGUGAAGCGAAUUGUCACAUCGAACAACUCAAUGUGGAUCACGGAACCAAAAUUGCGAUUGUUGCUGCUCGGGCCAUUCAAGCAGGCGAAGAAAUCAUAUCGAAUUACGGACCCGAUCAAAAAUAUCUACUGCGCGUGUGGAUCAGCACAGUGUGUCAACAAGAACCGUCAUGAUCCCUAGAUAUGGAGGCAAUGAUUUCCAGAAUUUGGAGUGGUAAAUAAGCGACGACAUGAAUAAUAGGUAGAAGCGUAGGAAGAACAAGAUAACUUGCAUGUAUGUAGAACGUAAGUACUUCGUACGAGUAGAUAAAACAGCACUCGUCUUAACAGUAAAGUCAAAAUAAACAAAUCCACUUGAAAACUCCA